AGAGUAAAGUGAAGAGAAUUUAGAACAUCAAGUUAAAGUUUGACUUAUUCAAGAAUAGUACAAGCUCAUAUACUAUUGAUCAAUAUGACAGAUCCUGAUCAAUCUGCAUCAAGAGAAGGUCUCCAUCCUCAUGAUGAAACAACAGGAACAUUUAAACCUGCAUCAAAACAUGAGUUCCGUGCUAGUGUGUUCCAGACCAUGAUAGAAGGUUAUAAAACAAUGACCUUGGCUUUGGGGUACAAACUUGGAUUAUUUGAUGUUAUGGCUAAUUUAGAAGUCCCAGCAACUGCAGAGGAAAUAGCUCUUAAAGCGAAUUGCCGAGAGAAGCAAACUGAUGAAUGGUUGCGAGCAAUGUCAUCUGAGGGCUAUAUUAAAUAUGACCUGGACACCAAGAGGUACACCCUUCCACUAGAACACAGCAAGUCUUUUAAAGAAAAUACAGGAGGACAUAACAUUGUCACUUUAUUUCUCGAGGGAUUAUCAGUUCUAGCUUGUGCUUUUGAAGACACUGCAGCCUUGUAUAAGAGAGAUGGUCCAGAAUUUCUCCCACCCGCCUCCAAGAAUGCUGUUGCAGAAUGGAAGAAGAAAAUAUACACCAUGCCUGAGUGGAGUGAGGAAUCAGUUGCUGCUUUCGUUGACUCCACGCCUGGCCUUAAAGCCAAAUCAGAGGAAGGCAUACAGGUCUUAGAUAUAGGAUGUGGCACAGGUAGCUUAAGCAUCAAGAUGGCAAAACUGUUCCCGAGAUCAGAGGUUAAAGGAGUGGACUUGUCAGAAGAAUCUAUCAAGAAAGCAAAAGAGAAUGUUAAUGUGCCAAAUGUAUCCUUUGGAACAGCUGAUGCAACUGAACUGGACUCUAACUGGACAGAGAAAUUUGAUUAUGUUGUGUCUAGUUUUGUGCUCCAUCAUGUUUCCCCACUUACAACUGCUCUUGGUGAGAUAAGGCGUGUAUUGAAACCUGGGGGGUGGUUGUCUGUGAUGGAGUUUGCUGAGGAAGGCAUUAGCCAUGGUGAUUUCUACAUGAAAACUGCCCAUUCUGUUGAGGUAUUGGCUCAGGUUGAAAGUGAAGGGGCAGAGCAUCACCAUGGUGAUCAUGGUCAUCACCAUGGUGAUCAUGGUCAUCACCAUGGUCAUCACCAUGGUAAUCAUGGUCAUCAACAUGGUGAGGAAAAAGUGAAGCCAAGUGGUUCUAUUAUGCAUGGCCUAACUGCAGUGGAAUUAAAAGAGCGUGGUCCUGUGUGCAGGGUGAAUGCUGACACCUUGAGCAUGGCUGGCUUUGUUGACCUCCAAAUACUGGAGCAACCAGAAGAUGAAUUCAAUCCACAUUAUUUUCUGAAGAAACCCCUCUAAAGCCACUCAAACAAUUGGUUUUAACAUUCCAAUAUAAAUGAAAACCUACCUGAGUAUAAGCUCU